GACUCUGUAUACAGAUAGGUGGAGCUGAGAAAAGAAGAUGGCACGUUCACUCUCACUCUCACUCUCACUCUCCUACGGUGUAGGCGUUGUUCCUUCUUGUCUUUGGAAACCGAAGGGCAUGAGUUGCAAAGCGCCUAAUAAGGUAUCGUGUUCAGCACAUGCACAUAGUGAUAAGAAUCCAUUUGUUGGAAUUGGUAUUGGGGUUGUUGCGGCUUCGGUGAUGGGUUUAACGCCGUUGGAUGCGGAUGCCACGAGAAUCGAAUACUACGCUACUGUGGGAGAGCCUUUGUGUGAGCUGAACUAUGCUAAGUCUGGCCUCGGUUACUGCGAUAUUGUUGAGGGCGUCGGUGACGAAGCUCCUCUCGGUGAGCUUAUCAAUGUUCACUAUACUGCAAGAUUCGCUGAUGGGACAGUCUUUGAUAGCAGCUAUAAACGUGCUAGACCUCUCACCAUGCGCAUUGGCGCUGGCAAGGUAAUCAAGGGCCUGGAUCAGGGGAUUUUAGGAGGUGAAGGAGUGCCACCGAUGCGGAUAGGUGGGAAACGCAAAUUGAGGAUUCCUCCACUGUUAGCAUAUGGCCCUGAACCUGCGGGGUGCUUCUCAGGUGACUGCAACAUACCCGGCAAUGCUACUCUUUUAUAUGAUAUUAAUUUUAUUGGUAUUUAUUCGGGCAACCGAAAGUGAAGCAAGUCAAAACUGAUCAGAUACAUAUCUGCAUAUGAACCACACAUGAAUCAAGUGUAUGCAGCGCCUGCAUGAUAAAACAUUGAUCACCUGCUUCAAUGGUUUGACAAGUUUGGUAUUAAUUACAUCUAAUAAGCAAUGUUAAAAUUUUCUGACACAAACGAUCGUAGUUAAAGCAUAAUCUGCUUAAAUAUUUUGACUCUUGUCUGAAAACAUAGGGUACAAUACCAUGUUGUUUAGCGACUGAGUGAUUUUUAAGAUUAAUAUGAGGUUUUGUUGGUUGUCUAAUCGAUCUUGUAGCAAGUAAUGACAAGUAGAAGUAGACCAGCAUAUUUGCAAGUUAAUAUAUCUUCCUAUAGUAUAAGGAAAAAAAACCUUUAAAACUAUAAAUGCUAAUGGUGACACUGAUGCUGUAUUUUCUUCUCUGGUCUGUAUUAUC